UGCACGCGAGGGUCCGUAGGCUGCGCUAGUGCGCCUCAAAACACAAAAGUGCGCUUAUCUCAAAAUGGUACUGCGUCCAGUAGGGGGGUAUUCUACCUCACCCAGCCUCACCUACGGUAUCGUCCGCGCCGAGGCAACACGACUUGUGACGCAACACGACUUGUGAUCCCAGGCAGUGCGUAGCUGAGGCAUCGAAGUGUUAGUCUCUGCCCUCAUCCGCAGCAUCGACGAGGAGAUAUCAUGAGGCCCUCCAUAUGGCUAUUAGCCGCAGCUUUGGGGUGUGCGCACAGCUUCGUCGCCACGCCCGACUGGCGCGCGAGGACGCUACGCAACGCCGAAAACAGCGACGAGGAGAAACGCCCCGCGAAGAUCACGCUGGAGGGCCUCCGCGACUUGGUCGCGUUGGGUCUGGGCGCGCCAAACCUGGGGACCUUCAAGGGCGUCGACAAGGACACGGGCGCCAUGAAGUUCGAGCUCGACGAGAACCGCUUCAUCACCAAGGACGGGAAGGAGUACGGCUCGUUCGACAACUCGAAGGGGACCUACUUCGAGUCCGGCGAGGUCGACGAAGACGCCGAUUUCAUGGGCAAGCUCGGGUCCUUCUUCGGUGGUGGGAAUAAGAAAUAAUUAAUUA